AUGAAGCAAGUGGGUUCAUUAGCAAAACCCACGAAGCUCUACAGAGGGGUGAGACAGUGGCAUUGGGGGAAAUGGGUUGCAGAGAUCCGUUUACCAAAGAACCGUACUCGGCUAUGGCUCGGCACUUUCGACACCGCUGAGGAGGCUGCUUUGGCCUACGAUAGGGCUGCUUACAAGCUCAGAGUAGAAUUCACGAGGCUUAACUUUCCUGAUCUCAGACACCAAAUUAAUGGAGGAGAGUUCGGCGAUUACAAGCCCUUGCAGUCCUCUGUGGAUGUAAAGCUUCAGGCGAUUUGUCAAAGCUUGGCUAAUUCGCAGAAACAAGGGAAUGGGGGUUGA